AUGCUCACAACCCCUAAUGACGUGGAAACGCUUUUGGCGGCUGUUCAGACGGAUUCUUCCCUUGCCUCGCGCGAGGCGGCGGAUGCCCUGCACCAGCGCGUCAGUGUGUUGUGUGAGGCCCAACGGCUCGCGCAUGACCGCCACUGUCGUCGCAUUUACAAUACACUUUGCAAGUUUCUGAAACCCGAAGAGGUUGUGCAACGGCGUCAGACAACUGCCGCUUGCUGCCACGCGUGGAAAAGUGUGGCGGCAAACUGUGGGGAGGCGGUGGCGGCGGCGUUGUCGAGGCUCACGGGGGCCACGCCAGAGAGCCACGGCCUGGACGAGACCGCCACCGUCACGUUCCUUCUGUCGCUAGUAGAAAUUGAUAUGCGUGAGGUGGGUGAGGGGCUUGCGGCGCUGGAGCGGGCGUUGCAGCAGCUGCGCAGCGACGCAGGGCGGGAGCAGGCGGAGGCGUCGGACAUGGCGGCCCAGCGCAAGGCGUUACGGAGAAGGCGGGUUCAACGCGUCCUUGCGCUCCAAGUCGACCGGGACCGGUGUGCCCAGCUGCUUGAGGGGGAGUCCAACCGACUCGGUCAGCUGGCGGCGCAGGCAACGCGGCUGCGGGUGGGUGUCGAGGGGCAUCGGGCGCAGACGCAGACAGGGGAUGCGCUUGCACGCGUGGGCCGCGAUGCCCCAAAAUUUGGUUCCCUCCAUGGCCCGAAGGAGGUGCGCCAGCUGGACUUGGACCUGACGGCGCAUGAGAAGUCGCAGUCGGACCUGCUGGCCAAGGCGCGGAGCGCCCUGGACGACAUGGGGCCCUCCUCCGGGCACCGGCCGGCCGCGAGUCCGCUGCAUGCCCCCAGGCCGCAGGCGCGCCUAGAAACGGCGCUUGGAAAAUCCUCUGCGGCUCUGUCAGCAAGCGAUCCAGCCGUCUCCCUACUGGCGCGGGCGGAGCGUCUGCUGAAUGCCGCCUGGACGGACGCCAGGGAGGUACAGGGAGGCGGCCCCGCAGAAGCAACCCGCCAGGACGACCCCCAGCUUCUUCACGGCGCCACCUUACCCGCUUUGGCGACCCCCUUACUGCGGCAGCGGCGGCAUGCAGCGGGGAGGCCUCCCUCUACGAGUCCCCCGCACAGCCCCCGCAGCCGUCUCAGAGAUGCAGCAAAAACUGCUGCCAGCGGCAGUCGCGAGCGUCUCCCCCGCGGCACGUGCGUUGCGGCCGAUGCACGCCCCCGAGUGCAGCAGCAGGAGUGGGCCCAACGGCAUCGGCAGCGGAGGGAUGCCGGGGGCUCAUCCGACGACGGUGGCUCAGCCUGCCCCGCUCCAUCGCAUUCGGGAUGCAGCAACGCGCUGGAGUCAAGUGCCCAAGCGAGUGACAGUGAGAGCUGCCAGCAGAGCGACCUCCACGAUUCGCCUUUCAACGGCGCGAAGGGGUUGGAGCUUCAACCGUCAAAAUUCUCUCUUGCUUCGGCAGCAGUAACGCCACUUCCCUGCGAGGAAUGCAGGUCGCCGCCAUCAGAGGCACCUGCACCGGUGCAGAGCCGCGUCCGGACAGACGCACUGUCGGGCGACCGUCGUCAGAACAAUACCACGACACAACCAAUUUAUCGUCCAGCUCAUGAAAUGGAGGAACGAAAGCUUCAUCUCACUAGAAGCAAGGCUCUACUCCUUGCGAGGUUACAUAAACUCGCUCGUAUGCCACGCAACUUGCUACCAUCAGAUGAGGACAACAUCGCUUUUGCCACAAACUAA